AUGUCGCCUUGCUCUCGGGGCGCGAUUGUGCGGGCCCUGAGGCUUGACGUAUUACGAGUUCCAGCUAGGGCAUAUUCUCGACAAUUAGCACACACUAACCAUCCACGACUUUGUUCUACGACGGCGCUGUCGUUGGUCAGGUCCCUCAGUGUCGGGCAACAACCCGCGAAUGCGCACCGUGCCUUCUCGACCACCCGCUUCCGACAAUCAGAGGCGCCUAUCCAAAACCUGACCGAUGUUCUUCCUAUUUGCUGUCCAGGGUGUGGUGCCUUUUCGCAGACAAUCGAGCCGGAAGAACCGGGGUACUACAGCAAGAGUCGCAAGUCGAGACGGAAGCUAGUGGCGUCCAAAAAAGAUGCCACCGAACGGCAUAAUGCAGAGUCGGGGGAUGUGGCGGUCUCUGGCAUUCACGAUGGUCCAGUCGAGGAUCAUGCGCAUUCUAUUGAAGAGUCGACGGCGCCCAAGCCUAUCCAGGACGGAGCAUUACCAGACGAUGUGAUAGACCCUGAGAUUCCUUCGAUUGAGUCGCGAAAGCAAAUAACCCACGUCUGCGAUCGAUGCCAUGACUUAAUACACCACAACAAGGCUAUCUCCGCUCCCAAGCCAUCCAUCCUUUCCAUCCGAGAGUACCUGAACGAGUCGCCAUACAAAGAUAACUGCGUAUACCAUAUCGUGGAUGCUGCGGAUUUCCCUAUGUCGCUAGUCCCACACAUUCAUCAGGCGCUUUCGCUUCAGGAGCAGCGUUCUCGGAACCGAAGAGCUACAACUGAAAAGUACUAUGGAGGAAAGAAAUUGCCCACCCUCAACUUUAUCAUCACGCGCUCCGACUUGUUGGCUGCGACAAAAGAACAGGUUGAUUCGAAGAUGGAAUACGUUCGCUCGGUGCUUCGCACAUCCCUGGGGAAAGCCGGGAAAGAUGUCCGUCUGGGUAACGUCCAUAUGAUCAGUGCCCAUCGUGGCUGGUGGACCAAGCAAGUCAAGGAAGAGAUAUACGGGCGCGGCGGAGGUAUCUGGGUUGUGGGCAAGGCCAAUGUAGGAAAAAGCAGCUUCAUUGAAGCGUGUUACCCCAAAAGCUCGAAGAGCAUGGAGAACAUGGCAGAAUGGAUCCAACAGCAGCGAGAAGAGAACCAAGUCCAGAAUCAGGGACAGGGAUCUAUGCUCGAUCUACUCGAACCCGACGGUCUCCUGCCCCCUGCCCCUCGCGAGGAUGCAUUCCCGGUGCUACCGGUCGUUUCUUCGCUCCCAGGAACAACAGUGUCGCCCAUCCGUAUCCCAUUCGGCCGCGGAAAGGGCGAAGUGAUCGACCUACCGGGAAUGGAGCGUGGUCAUCUUGAGGACUUUGUGCGUGACGAUCACAAACGUGAUCUCAUCAUGAUCAAAAGAGUCAAGCCAGAUCGCUGUACCAUCAAACCUGGCCAGUCUCUUCUUCUCGGUGGCGGUCUCGUUCGCAUUACACCCGUGGAUCCUGAGCACACCGUCCUGGCCGCGUGUUUUGUGCCCAUUGAGACUCAUAUAACCAAGACCGACAAGGCGAUUGAAAUGCAGACUGAGCAACGACCCUAUCCAGGAAAGGUUCUGAUGACAGAAGGUACCGGUAGCUCUAUCACUUCGGCUGGGAAGUUUGAUCUCGAAUGGGAUGUCACCGCUUCCAAUCUGCCCGACUUGGUCGCAAAGGCCGUGAAAGAUAAGAAGAUCCCCAUCCCUCCGCUCCCGUAUCGAGUAAUGGCUGCCGAUAUUCUGAUUGAAGGCUGCGGCUGGAUUGAAGUCAGUGUGCAAGUGCGCGCCAAGCGCAACUCGGAGACUGAGUCGCCUUCCUAUCCUCAAAUUGAAGUGUUCACUCCUAAUGGAAAGCACAUUGGAUCUCGACCGCCGAUUGAAUGUUGGAAUUUCAUUGCAGAGAAGCGGAAAGCAGACAAGCGCAAGAGGCCGCGUUUGCGUCACCGGUAUAGUUGA